GUGCUGCAGAGGUUGGAGAUACAGCAGUCGCUUGGACCAGCACAGCCGUGAAUCCUCCCAGCACUAUGAAGAUCGCUCUGAUUUGUUUGGCCGUGGCCGUGACAGCAGUGCUGGCAGACAAACCCAUCGAGGUCGUGUCCCGCCAGGAGGUCCGCGACGAGCAUGGCCAGUACUCUCUCUCGUACCAGACGGCCAACGGCAUCUCGGUGGUGGAGCACGGCGAGCUGAAGCCCACCCCUGACGGCAAGGACCACGUGCUGGUCAGGAGCGGCCAGUACCAGUACACCAGCCCCGAGGGCAAGCCCGUCGACAUCAAGUACAAGGCCGACGAGUUCGGCUUCGUCGCCACCGGAGACGCCAUCCCCGUCGCCCCGACCGCUUGAACAAACGACAAAUGCGUUGUAACAAUGCUUCUAUAAUAAAUAUUUAAUUUUAUAAAUA